UCGCGCAAGCUUUUGAAAUUUGAACUCAGGGGGUAGAGUAUAGACGCUCGCUCGCUCACUCACUCUUCACUGGAACAUUAAAGUUCAGUCCGUCGCAUCAACACUACCCUUUCGAGUUGUAUAUCCAACAGCCACAAUGUCUGGCUUCAUUCGCUGGUACAACGGCCGCCUCGCCGCGCGCCCCCUGCUCACCCAGGCCGUGACCACAUCCGUGCUCUUCGCCACGGGCGACAUUACGGCCCAGCAGCUCGUCGAGGGUCGCGGCCUCCAGAAGCACGACCUCACACGCACGGGCCGCAUGGCCCUCUACGGCGGCUGCGUCUUUGGUCCCGCGGCCACGACCUGGUUCGCCUUCCUCGCGCGCAACGUGAACCCCCGGAACCCGCGCCUGACGACCCUCUCGCGCGUGGCCUGCGACCAGCUCCUCUUCGCGCCCGUCGCCAUCGGCGCCUUCCUGAGCAGCAUGUCCGUCAUGGAGGGCGGCAGCCCCAGCCGCAAGCUGCAGACGACCUGGUGGCCCGCGCUCACGGCCAACUGGUGCGUCUGGCCGUUUGUGCAGUUUGUCAACUUUACCUUUCUGCCGCUGCAGCACCGUCUGCUCUUUGCCAAUGUCAUCUCCAUUGGGUGGAACAGCUACCUGAGCUGGGUGAACAACAAAUAAGGCCGUGCCCUUGCCGUCUUUUGAUCGCUCUUUUCUUCCGUUGCCUUUCUUUCUGCGCGAGGUCUGCUUUGCCUGGGAACACGAUGGGAGCUAUAGAUCAUGGUUUGGCGUCAUUCGCACUUUCUGCAUACUAGAGGGUUCUUUUUUUCGGAUAGAGUCAUAGAGGCAUUGUUGGCGAAGAUGCCUGGUAUGCUAUUGCGCUGAGAAUUGCAAGUUAAAGCAUACGUUGUAAUGGAAGGACAUCAACCUGCGACUCGUGACUACGUGGUGAUACUCUUCUCAGCCUCAUUGGAGACGGACGUACUCCAAGUCUCCAACUCGG